AUGAAGAAAAUUGUUGUUCUCUCAAUUUUUCUGACUCUGAUCUGUGCCAUUCAGGUCGAUUCACUGCCAGUUCCUGAAAACUGGAAGGGUUUGAUCCAGCGGACCAAACGGUCACUCCUGUGGCGUUGGAACAGCAUGAAGCCUGUGGGUGCCAGCUGCAGGGAUCACUUAGAGUGUGCCACAAAAUACUGCAGGAAAAAUGUCUGUUCCUUCUGGAGGUUCACCUGAAGAGGAUACACAAACAAAAUGCCAUCAUUAAUU